AUGGCACCAAAAGCAGCUGCGAGCUCCAAAAAUGGCGAACGAUCAGGCAAGAAUUUCAACCCCCAAAUAUUCGCUGAAGCUGUUAAAAAGGAAAUGCGCACAUUCAAGCCAUACGAGACAUUCAUGUUGUCACCAAACAUUAAGAAAAGGGUGCAAUGGCUGACAUCUGACUUGCUAAACCCAAACUUAGACAUUGUUCUAAGUCAAAAGCCAACUGAUUCUGUGCCAACUGGAACUGAAGGUGUCUUGGAUCAGGAAUAUUUUUUGCGAGAAGCCCAACGUAACUUGGCACCACGGGACAAGUACCCAGCUCCUUUAACUGCUUCGCAAGCUUACGGAUGGGAUACCAGGCCGAUAAUGAUUCUACGAGAUGAGAGAUUUCAUCAUCCUAAAAAGACGACGGAAAUCACGAGAACUCCCAGACCUGCACCAACUCCAAAAGCCGACAAGAAGGGUGGCAAAUAG